CUUCAAAACAAAUUUCUAAGGAUUUCUAAAAACGGUCCUCGCCAUGGAUUGCAAACUUAGUAGAUCUUCUCGUGUCCCCAAACUAACAAUGACAGCUUUUGCUAUAUUUCAAUUAUUCCCCACAAAGGAGUACAUAAAUUCACAAGCUCGAGCUUUUGAUUAAUUUGAACAAGGCGACAACAGCAUUGCCACAAUAUUGGGAGGCAAAGGCUAGUGGAGUGAAGGUAGAGGGCCUUAUGGAGGAUCCAAAUUCUUGUGAGUUCCGACUCGUAUCAGCUUUCCUUGCAAUGGAACCCAUUAAUAUCCUUAUCCCCAUUGCCAGAGAAUUGGGCCGAGGAUCAAUUACAGAAGAAGUGCAAAAUUUCAUUCAUGAAGAAUGCAUAAAUAAUAAGAUCUGCAGAAACUAUCCUCCAAGCCAGUUUUAUGUUAAAAGUCUUUUGAAGCAAAUCAUUAUUGAUGCAGAGUCCCAGUCUCAAGAGGUGCUGGAUGUUUUCUAUGAAAAGUAUGCACAAUAUCUGAUCAAUUGCAAGGAUUAUGAUUUGUCUCAAACUGGAAAAUGUUACAGAAUCUUAAAGUUUGUGUUUCCUGCUUCUAGUGAUUUCUUAACUUCAGUUGACAAUCAACGGAUCAGAGAAUCAGUGAUAAUGACUGUGAUCUUGAGGUCUUCCCCUAACAUGCUGGAAGGAGGCACAGGGUGUUCUAUUUGGCCAUCAAGUUUGUUCCUAUCUGAAUUCAUACUCUCUCAUCCACAGAUUUUUUCCAGUAAAUGUUGUUUUGAGAUAGGUUCUGGUGCUGGAUUGGUUGGCAUUUGCCUUGCCAAUGUCAAGGCUUCCAAGGUCAUACUUAGUGAUGGAGAUCUGUCUGCAUUGGCCAAUUUGAAACAUAACUUAGAAAUAAAUCUUGUAGUGAUGACGGAAAAGACAGAGCAAGAAUUUUGUCAAGACCCUAGAUUGGUAGAAUACAGACAUCUAAAAUGGGAGUCAGCCUCUCAAGAUGACCUACAAAACUGUGGUGCAGAAGUAAUAUUGGGAGCAGAUAUUAUUUAUGAUACUUCAUGUGUGCCACACCUUGUACGAGUGCUGGUUGCACUUCUGCGGACGAGGAGGUCAUCAGAUUUAAAGCAGUUGAUAACCAAUUCCAAGGAAAGCUCUUUUGAGGGCAUGAUUACAGAAGACAAUCUGGAUAAUAAUUGCAAUGAAAAUAAAGAUUCAAGCAUCUUUUGUACCAAUGCAUAUCCUGUUGCAUAUAUAGCAACGGUUAUUAGGAACAUUGAUACAUUCGAUUAUUUUCUGAGAUUAGCAUUUGAAGCUGGCUUAAGGGUUAUAAAUAUAACAAAAGUGAUGGGUUCAUUGAACCUGUUGCCUUACUUUUCCAGUUUGGAUAGAUCAUCUGUUAAUUUGUACAGGAUCUCAUCUCUGCAUUCCUGAGAAAUAUUGUAGUUGCAAAACACAAAGCUGAAUUUCUUUUAAUAGAGAUUUUUAACUGCA